UGCUUCCUUGGCUCGCGUUAGCCUGUUGUCAUAGAAACCCAUGGAAAAUUGAAGUGUUAGUGGUCGUUCAACUAGUUGUGGUGCCAAUGUUUGGUGGUGGUUUCAUGUACCGUACGAAGUUAGAGUACGACAACGUGUAUUGCGUUCUUUUUGUCAUUAAGAAAGGAUGUAAAACAAAUUGUUAUUCUGGAGUAUAAUAUUCCCAUAUGACAAACUGAUUUACAUUCUUCCAAGUGGAACUCACCUAUAUUGCAAACAUGGAGAAUGCUGAAUGGGACCUUUCAGAAGACAAACAAGAACAUUCUGCUGAAGAUCUCAAACUUCAUAAAUCAUCAUUGCAGAUUAUUGCAACAGCCUCAUCCAUUAGAGAAUCUUAUGAGAGAAGAAGCCCUUUUCGCAGUCAACAUACCACACUAACAUCACUACCUCCUGAACCAAAAAAGAUGUGUUUACCUUUUAAUCUGCAUUGGUGUUUUGGAUACAGUGUGAACAAACCAGUAUUGAACCUUACUACAAAUGUGCAGUCAUACAUCUUCUAUGUUAGUUCCAAUGUUGGUAUAUUAUAUGAUUAUAUUAACAAAGAAAUGAGAUUUCUCCAAGGACAUAUAAACCAUAUCAGUUCAUUUGCUAUUGAUGCAAAAGGCAGGUGGAUUGCAACAGCUGAUGCAGGAAAGGACAGUGCAGUUAUAAUAUGGGAAACUGAGAAAUGUGUUCCUAUUCUUACACUCUUUGACCCUCAUGGUGAAUAUGGAAGUAGAGUUGUAGCACUCAGCCACAAUGCAAAAUAUCUAGUAAGUGUUGGUGGUGACCCAGAGCAAACACUUGCAUUUUGGGUAUGGACAUAUGGCAGUGAGUAUCCUGAAGGCAGCUGUCAACUGGGAAAUGAUCUGGGUGUUGUCAAGAAUGUUACAUUUCGACCUAAGAGAAAUGAACAUUUCCUUAUCACAGGUGAAAAUGGUGUCACAUUUAUGACAUGGGAUGGCAACAUAUUGAAACAACAUACACCCACAAUGCCACCAUUCAAGCAAAGAGGGCAUCUUGUGGAGUCUGUGUACUUACCUAAAACAAGACUGGCUAUCACUGCUACCACCAAAGGAGUUGUCAUUAUAUGGACUGAUGCAGAAUGUUCAGAGUCUUCUUAUUCAGAGGAACGAACCACAAAUGCUAUGGAAUUAAAGAAAAUCCUUCAGUUGGAGAAACAUCCUAUUACAGUUUUAAGAGCUGUUGACAAAGUGGUUGUGACAGGAAAUACAAAGGGUCGUAUCUCUUUUUAUGACCAGCAACUGAAAAUCCUUUACUGGUGCCACAAGUUCAAUCUUGAAUCCAUAACAGGCAUAAACUUUCAUCUCCGCUCACGCUAUCGCCAUCUCAAAGACCAGUCUGUGUUUGAUGUAGGGACAUCGGAGCACUCACAUGCCAGAAUUUCAAAAGGAGAUGAUCUUGAUGAACAAGUACUUUCUCGUGAUGCAACCCUUCAAAAAAACCCAUUCAUUAUUCGUGAAUUUGUUGUUUGCACAGAAUCUGGCCAAGUUGGACUUGUAAAUGUUAUGAGGAAUGCUUGUGAGUUUCUCCUUGAUAGAUCAGUAGGAGUCAUAUCAUCCAUGGCAGUGCAUCCUGAGAAAACACAUUUGUGCAUUGGAAAUUCCCGUGGGCAGCUUUUCCUUUGGAAUCACAGAACCAAAGAAUGUUUAAAAAGUAAAAGAUUUACAACUGAUAAUAUGAGCAUCAUCUCUGCUAUCACAGCUUUACAAUAUGCACCAUCAGGCCUCUUUCUUGCAUGUGGUCUUGACAAUGGCUCACUCUGGUUUCUUGACACUUCAGUUUUGGCACCUCUCCAAGAGUCUUGCCAGCAACAUUCCACAUCAAAAAUCACUCAGAUUAUUUUUUCUGAGGAUUCAAGGUAUCUCGCACAUAAAGACAGCCAAAUGCAUGUCUUUGUAUAUUAUUGUUAUGAGGAAAAUGGAAGUGCAGUUACAUUGUUAGGAAAAAGUAGUUCACACUACAAGCCCAUUCGUGAUAUUUUAUUUGUUUCUGACUCCUCAUGUUCUAAAGGAACAAGAUUGUUUUCUCUAGGAGAAGAUCGUAAUCUUGUCGAGUAUGAUAUUCCCAACAGUAAAUCUGGCACAUUACAAGUACUCUCAGUCAAUCGAAUAGAGCAAACUGCUAUUCCACUGUCUCUGAUGAUGUAUCCAGAUUCUGCAGAAGAUACUUUAAUAAUGAUUGCCAAUGAUGAGUACAAAUACAAGUUGCUCAGUUAUAAAACAAAGAUGUGUCGCAAAACAGUUCUUGGACCUACAUGUGGAUCACCAGUUUGUUCGAUUCAGAUUCUGCCAUCAAGCAAGCCACAAAAAAACCAAAUUUAUGCUUUAAUAUCAACUGAAAAACAUAUUGGUAUACAAAUAUUGCCAGUUGAUGGAAAUCCAUAUAAGUCACUUAUGAUGCUUGCACAUCCAGAUGAGGUGGUGCAGAAGUAUAUAACAGUAGAUGGAAAGUACUUAUUCACAGUUGGAAAGAAUGACAGCAGUAUCUAUAUGUGGCAAGUAAACAAAAGAGCUGCUGAUGCUAUGGUUCAUAUCGGUGGAGAAGAUAUGAUGCCAUACUAUUCACUGAUGGAAGGUGGCAAAGGAGGCUGGCUAAUGAGGCAAAUGGAAGACUUUUUCUACUAUGCACAACUAUUGCAUCAGGGUGAUAAAUUGCCCAUAUUGCACAAGAUCUCUGAUCAUAUACCACUGUGUGAGCUGCCCAACUUCAUGAGAGCCAUAGGAUAUUAUCCUACAGAAUAUGAGAUAGAAAACAUGUUGCAUGAGGUAAAGUACAUGGAAUCUGGUGCUGUGGGGAAGAACAUAGACAAAAUCAGGUUUUGUGAUCUUUUAAAGCUGUAUCUCAAUCACCGGCCAGCCAAAGGAGUUCCUGCUGAAAAACUCAAGAGUGCCUUCGCUACCUUUGCUAGAAAAUCAGAUGCUCACCACCAACCAGUAGUCAGAACCACUGACUUAGUAAAGAUUCUAGAGGAAAAAGGUGAAGGUCUGUCUGUUAAUGAGAUACAUGAAUAUCUCAGAGUGUUGUGGCAUCAGAAGUGUCCCCCAAUGACAGAACUCUCACAUUCAGACAUUUCAAUCACAGAAACAACCCACCAGGCGACAGACACAGCUGUUGUAGAAAUUCCAGAGGUCUUAUCAUACAAUCAGCUUGCUGAAGAUAUUCUGGGAGUUCCAGGAAUAUAAACAGGAAACUCUAUACACUGACCUAAUGAAUUAUAAACAAACAUUUAUAUCCAUGUAAUAAGAAAUAUGCAGUUACAGGUAAUUAUGUAGAAAUACAUGGAUUAUCAGUAAAUUUACAAGAUAGUAUAUAUUAAAACUUUUUACUCUGUGAUUUAAACAGUUUAAUUAAAAUGUUUACAAUAUACCAUUUUUAUUACCUACAUCAACAUUAAUGGUAUUUAAGUAUUCAAUAUGUACAGUGUUUUCUACAUAUCAUAUUUUCUGGCAUAGUUUCUUGCUUAACUAAUAAAAGUUUUCUGACUAAUAUUUAAAAUAAAAAUACUUGUAUACACACAGUUAACAGUAAAGCAUGUUUUAUAUUAUUUAAAUAGUGUUCACAUGAACAUACAUAAUAUCACAAUGAAUUCAUCCUUUCUCUUAACACAGUGGAAAAA